CAGUUCCGUUGCGAUUUCGCGUCGUCCGAGAUGCAGCUCGAAGCAACUUCGAUGUCUACUUCGUCGAACGUGUUGCACGCGGCGAGACACUCGUGAUCAGAAGGGGUGACAAGCGCGUUAACACGCGAUUUCUAGAUCGUCGUCGUCGUUGUUGCCGUCGACGAGCGUUAAUCUGCCGUGAUCUUUGUGCUCUGAAGGAGCCUUCGAGAGCGUCAAACGGAUUCUGCAGGAGAUGGAGGGCAUGGGCAUGAUUAAUGGAGUUCCUGUGCGCCAGGACAGCAGAAAGCUAUGGCAGUAUCUCGCAACUAUUUCCGUCUGCAUAAUGGCCGUCGGCAUUGGCACCGCUAUGGCUUGGACGUCCCCCGUACUACCCAAGUUAUAUCAAGCAGACUCUUGGUUAAUCAUCACCCCGGAGCAAGGGUCCUGGGUGGGCUCGUUACUGGCAUUAGGUGCGAUCGCGGGCGCCCUUCCAUCCGGACCGAUGGCAGACAAACUAGGUCGAAAGAAAUCGCUUCUCCUGCUGUCGGCUCCAUUUCUUCUGUCCUGGGCGAUCAUCAUACUCGCUUCCCGGCUGUGGCUGAUUAUGGCGGCCAGAUUUUUGAUAGGCAUUGGAGUCGGGGCAGCCUGCGUUCUCAUGCCGAUAUACGUGUCUGAGAUCGCGGAGACGUCGGCACGUGGCACUCUCUGCGCUUUGUUCCAAGUGUUUCUCACUGUUGGUAUCCUGCUAGCUUUCAUAUUGGGAUCCGUGAUGAACUACACAGAAUUCGCUAUAGUUUGCGCCCUCGUAGAGCUCAUCUUCUUAGCUUCCUUUGUGUGGAUGCCGGAGUCGCCUGUUUGGCUGGUGAAUGUAAAGCGGGAGUCAGAAGCUAAAUCGGCAUUGGCGAUUCUCCGAGGUAACAUCUACGAUCCAUCUGAAGAGCUCGCGGAAAUGCGGCGAGCAAUGGAAGCAAUGACAUCGAAAAAUUCGAGCGUAUUUGAUCUCAUACGUUCUCCUGCGACCAGAAGAGCCAUGCUUGCCACAUUAGGUUGCAUGUUCUUUCAACAGAUGUCCGGUAUAAACGCAGUAAUCUUCUACACCACCACCAUUUUCGAAGAAUCUGGAAGUUCGAUACCGGCGGACGUCGCUUCUAUAAUUGUCGCGUUAGUCCAGACGGUGAUGUCAGCCGUAGCAGCUGUGAUUGUGGAUCGCGCAGGCCGGAAGCCGCUGCUAAUCCUCUCCUCAGGAGUUAUGUCAGUCAGUCUCGUGGCUCUCGGUCUGUACUUCAAGAUUAAGGAUGACGGCGGCGACAUCAGUACACUCGGCUGGCUGCCGCUCACAUCUCUGACAUUAUACAUGAUCGUCUUCUCCGUUGGGAUGGGCCCGAUACCUUGGAUGCUGAUGGGCGAACUGUUCACCGCAGAGACUAAAGCGAUCGCUUCCGGUCUCGCCGUGAUGCUGAAUUGGUUUCUGGUAUUCCUGGUGACGAAGACCUACCCGGCAUUGAACCAAGAACUAGGCGCGGACGCGACUUUCUGGAUGUUCGCCGUGAUCAUGGCGAUCGCGGUCGCGUUCACUUACUUCUUCAUACCGGAGACGAAGGGGAAGUCCUUUCAAGAGAUUCAGGACUUGCUGCAAAACGGCACUCGAUUGAAGACGACUGUGUGAAAGGAGCUCGCAGAGAGCUUUUCGCACUGACAUGUGCGCCGUGACUGCUACCGUUUCAGCUGGUGUGGCGACAACAUUGAUCGCGGUGUAGUUAAUGCAAGACAUUGUUUGCGAAGUAGCCACAAGCGUAAAAUGCGAGUCUUACGGUAAUGAGGCGAUAUAUUCGCGUGGACGACGAAACUUCUGAAUUUAAAAGCUGCGCGUCCAGGAAAAAAGUGUCCGAGUUGCCGGGGAGAACACUAAAUCUCGCUAAACGAAUAAUUUAUCGCCUCUUUUAGUGGCUAGUCGGUAGACCAUUCUAUUUAAAGUUUAACGGCAUUCCCGCCUCGGCGGAAUUUUUUUUCAUGCGCUUCCACAAGCCGCUCCACGUAGGCGCUACGUUGACAUUCCUGUUACCACGUAUUUGUUCGUUAAUUAUUAUUUAAAUUUACUCACUACCACCUCUCACUUAUGUUUGCGAUUGUACAAUCAGUCGACCGUCGCGACCAGGUUUUCCUCUUACGAUCUUAAAUUAUUAUUCGUAUAUUUCUAGUUUUAUGCCACUUGACGAUCAGCACCGAAUGCGUGAAUAUAUUUGAACGUUUUCGAUCUAGUUCGAAUUACUCGUGAUUAGUUUAGGUAAUAUUUUGUACUCGUAGCGGUAAACGAGGAUUUAACGUGAUGAUAAUGGAUGAUGGAUAGACUAAUGUGUAAAUAGUACGAAAUAGUAAAUAGUAAAUAGUAAAUAGUGUACGAAACAAAUAAAUUAUGCCUACAGUA